AUCAACACCAAGUCUAUUGGAAGAAAGGACACUUUUCAAAAACAAAAUAAAAGAGGAUAAAAAAGUUGCCAAGUCACCAAAAGCUAAGGUCCAUUUUGGAUUUAGGGAAAUCAAUUAUUAUCCAUCCAAAUGCACUCCAAAACACUCUGAAAACAACAAACAUUUCUUCUAACUUUGUUACACAAACAUGAGCACUUUCACAAAUCCCACAACUUUGUUCCAUCCAAAAAUCACCAUAACAAAAAAUCAUCACACACAAUACAAGACACAACCCAAAAUCCAAUCAAACUUAUCAAGUGAUGAAGAAAAAUCUUCAUGCAGACGAAAACUCAUCGCGACAUUUCUAGCCACGCCAUUGACACUAGGCCUACAAUCUACCCCGUUAGCAUUGGCUGAAAAUUGGGGCGUUCGAUCAUUUUUAAGGGAACAUUUCUUUGAACCUGGAUUGUCACCUGAAGAUGCAGUGGCACGAAUUCGCCAAACAGCAGAUGGACUACAUAGCAUUAAAGAGAUGUUGGAGACCAAUUCAUGGAGGUAUGUCUUGUUUUAUAUUCGUCUUAAAUCAGCUUAUCUUAAACAGGACAUGAAGAAUGCCUUGUCCAGGGUGCCUGAAAGUCGAAAAGAGUCUUAUAUUAAAACUGCCAAUGAGCUGACUGAUAACAUGGCUGAGUUUGAUUACUACAUCCGAACUCCAAAGAUAUACGAAUCUCGUGUAUUCUACGAGAAGACGUUGAAAUCAAUUGAUGAAUUGGUGGCAUUGCUAGCAUAGUGUUUAGAAUUUGCAAAAUCAAAGCCAGAUGUGAGUGAAUGGUGUAUCGAAAAUCGCCUUUGGUUUAACAGAUGUGAAGAACCUGUUUGGCAUAAUGACCAAGAGAUCUUGAAAUUAUAUAAAGUAGCAACUGAAAUAGUCUCAGUUUGUGUUCAUUAGUUUGUUCAAAAAAGGACUAUCUUCAAUAAGCAAAUUAAAGCUUAUGAGUACAUAAGUUUGGUAGCCAUUUCUGAGACCCUCUGUAUUGGUCUGUCCAAAAGAGAAUGUGACUUUUUCUUAUUUGACUACUA